AUGCCAGAACUCCAUGAGCCAGUGGUAUCCGUAAGACUUCCCAAGUCAAGUCCCGCCGGCUCGGAUUUGGCUGGUUUCAUCACGAACGAAGUUGCUGCUCUGAAGGAGGCUUUUGCGCUAUUUGACAGUGACAAUGAUGGUGUCAUCACCAAAGAGGAAAUGUCGGCAGUCAUGAAAUCCCUCGGCCUCAACCCGACAAUGUCUGAAAUCGAGGACAUGAUUAAUGAAGUCGACCUCGAUCAAACUGGGACCGUCGAUCUUGAAGAAUUCAUCAAGAUGAUGAGCAUCAAGAGCAAGCCCUCCAAUGUCGAAGACGAGAUGCGCAGCGCCUUCAACGUCUUCGACAAGGACGGCUCGGGAAGCAUCUCUGUUGAGGAGCUUGGCGCGCUGAUGAAGACUUUCGGCGAGAACCUUACGGACGAUGAUCUCAAGACUAUGAUUCAGGAGGUGGACAAGAACGGUGACGGGAGUAUCGAUUAUCAAGAGUUUCUCAAUUUCUUCAUGGAGAAGUGA